AUGGAGUUGUUCAUGCUGGGAACGAUUGCUGGAGGAGCUUUGAUAUUGUUCGCGCUCUUCCAGAUCUCACAAAGGUCUCGUGACCCCCUUUCUCACAUUCCUGGGCCUUGGUACUCCCGAUACACUUCCUUGGUCUUUGUUUUCAAUGCUUUGGUCCCGCGAGCACAUGUCUAUGUUGACAAUCUGCAUCGCUCAUAUGGACCAGUUGUGCGUUUGGCACCCAAUAUGGUCGCCGUGUCAGAUCCUGACGGAGUGGCGGACAUCUUUCGAUCUAGCAGAGGGUACCUGAAGGGGCCAUUAUAUGACUCUCUUCUGAGGAGUUUCUUCGCCACUAGAGAUCCUGCUCUACAUGGUCAACGCCGCCGACUCUUUGCUCGGCCACUGGCCAACUCAUCGAUUCUGAAGUUUUGGUCGGAAGAUGUCCGUCAACGUGCGACGCGAGCAGUACAAAGGAUCAAAAGCGAUGCAAAGACCAAAGGCGAAGGCGACGCCUACAAAUGGUGGAACAUCAUGGCCAAUGAUGUGAUUACAACCGCAUCUUUCGGCGAAUCGCUCAAUCUCUUGGAGUCCGACGAACAUUUGCCGUACAUCGAAGCUGUGAAGAAAACAUUGAGAUGCUCUUCUCUCUACAGAAACUUCCCCAGAAUCAUGCCGCUUCUCAAGCAUCUGCCUAUUCCUCGGUUACAGGAGUUACUCACUGCGAGACCAAAGGUUGAGAAAUACACCGCCAAGGCUGUGCAGAACUUUCGUGCCAAUGGCAUGCAACGAGAUGGCAAUGAUAUUAGUCGCAACAUCUUCACACAAAUCGUAGCCCAGGCUGAUGAUCAGGAUGAAGAAKGUCUUCGGGCUAUCACGGAUGAAGAUGUCCAUGACGAAGCUCUCACCUUGAUGCUUGGCGGUACUGAUAGUACGUCCUCAACACUUACAUAUUGCACAUGGGCUGUGCUGUGUCAUCCUGAGAUACGUGACGAGCUAGAGCGUGAGGUCUCAGCUCUAUCCGACGACUUGACUCCCAAAGAGCUUGAGCAGGCCCGUUACCUCAAUGCAGUCAUUCAUGAGACCUUGCGCUUACAUGGGCCCGUGUCUGUUGGUCUGCAGCGUGUGGUCCCACCGAGUGGUGCUCGCAUAGCGGGCUUUGAACUCGGCCCUGGUACGGUGGUAUGGCCUCAGAUGUACACCACUCGCUACGAUUCAGYAAUCUGGCCAGAUCCAAUGAAAUUCGACCCAACACGCUUUCUGGACGUCAAGCUACCUUCCAUGGUCGAAGGCAAUUUGACAUCCACACAGAAGAAAGUCUAUGUUCCUUUCGGCGGUGGGACCCGCAUGUGUCUUGGAAUCAACCUGGCAUAUCUGGAACUACGUCUCGGUCUUGCUAUUUUCUUUAGGGAAUGCAGGGGAGCGAAACUGUCGAAUAGCAUGUCGUUGGAUGAUAUGACCCCGGAUCACUUUUUUGUGAGCUCUCCGAAGGGACGCCGAUGCUUGAUCACGCUUGCCGAUUCGAAGGAGUGA